CCUCUGGGAUAUCACCUUCAUAAAGAACUGGGACAGCAUCAAGAAUCAGUCACGUCUCUCCUCGUCUGUAGGAAAAAGCCCUUCGGUCUGAGAUCUUCGGUCUGCUCUCGGGUGUGCAGGAUGACCCACCAGUUUCCUUCCCUCACCACUGAGCAAAAGAAAGAGCUUCAUGGGAUAGCUCUUCGCAUAGUGUCUCCAGGGAAAGGCAUCUUAGCUGCGGAUGAGUCUAUAGGCAGUAUGGGGAAGCGUUUGAACCAAAUAGGAGUGGAGAACACAGAGGAGAACCGGCGUCUCUACCGUCAGGUGCUCUUCACUGCCGAUGACCGCAUUGACAGCUGUAUUGGUGGGGUUAUCUUCUUCCACGAAACGCUCUACCAGAACUCCGAUGAUGGCGUCCCAUUUGUUAAGAUGAUAAAAGAAAAGGGCAUCACUGUAGGAAUCAAGGUUGACAAAGGUGUAGUUCCCUUGCCAGGGACUAAUGGAGAAACCACUGCACAAGGUCUGGAUGGCCUUUCAGAACGCUGUGCUCAGUAUAAAAAGGACGGAGCUGACUUUGCAAAGUGGCGCUGUGUCAUGAAAAUCAGUGGCACCACACCGUCCAAUCUGUGUAUUACUGAAAAUGCAAGGGUUCUUGCCCGCUAUGCUAGUGUCUGUCAGCAGCAUGGGAUCGUACCAAUAGUGGAACCUGAGAUCCUGCCUGACGGAGACCAUGAUUUGAAGCGUUGCCAGUUUGUCACAGAGAGGGUGCUUGCAGCGGUGUACAAAGCCAUGUUUGAUCAUCAUGUGUAUCUGGAAGGCACACUGCUCAAACCCAGCAUGGUGACACCCGGACAUGGCUGCCCAACCAAAUACAGUGCAGAAGAGGUUGCCAUGGCAACACUCACCGCUUUGCGGCGUACUGUCCCACCUGCAGUCACAGGAGUGACAUUCCUCUCGGGCGGUCAAAGUGAAGAGGAAGCUUCCAUUAACCUGAAUGCCAUCAAUAACUGCCCGCUGGUCAAGCCCUGGCCUCUCACCUUCUCAUUUGGUCGAGCUCUGCAAGCCUCGGCACUAAAGACCUGGCGUGGACAGAGAGAAAAUGAGACCGCUGCAACUGAGGAGUUCAUCAAACGGGCAGAGAUCAACAGCCUGGCAUCUCAAGGAAAGUACACGACUGGUGGGGACAGCAGUGGAGCUACAGGUUUAUCCCAUUACCUGUCCAGCUAUGCAUAUUAAAAUGCCACUGAUUCUUCUCAUUGUUCAGCAUUAUCUGAAAACUAGCAAAUGUCAUUGCCACUUCCAUAUAAAACACUUUAACAUAUCUAGAUUGAUCAUGAUGCUGAUAUAAAUUUGAAAAUGAGGAUGUGAAAUUGGCUGUGUUAUAAAAACAUAUCAAUAAAAGCUUCUCUUACAUAAGAUAAUAAUUUUGUGGCAGUUAAUAAAAACAGAAAGAGUAGUUUAUAGGUAAGUUUUAAGUGACUGUGUAAUAUAUAUAUACUUAUCACUUACUGUUACUGCCAACAUUUAAGGGUAUUUCAAUUAUUUAACUUGUGCCAUGCUUCUGUACUCCACCAUUUCAUUAUUCAAAAGCUUUAAUGAAGCCUUUGUUCUGAUGAAUUUAACAGUAUGGACAACAAGUUAGUGAGUCACAGAAUUGUAUGGUAAUUCGUGUUUUUUCUUUUUUGACAAAAGGAAUACAAACGGAAAAUGCUGCAAUAAAAUUGUUAUGGUAAAAACCA